GCAGACAGUUGGGAGGCUGCCAAGGAGGCGUUGUGCAUACGCAGGAGGCUAUGGUGUCUCAGAACUAUAAGUUGUAUGACAGGAAUGUCAAGGAAACUCCUCUUGCUAUGCAGCUCGACAUUGCCAAGGUCCUCAACUACAGGGACAAGCUGCAACAGUCACAGCAAGAGGAGCAGACAGCAGCAACACAAGAUUUUGAGGGCCUUCUUACAAACUGGACUGCUUUUGAGGGGGAGGGCUACAAGGGAACCGUGAAGGUGGCGCACUGCGACAUGGUCCAGCUACGAGAGAAAAUGGAGGACAGACUCCCCUUCACCUUGUGCAUUAUGGACUUCCCAAGCGGCUACAACACAGAGGGCUCUGUGGAUGAUGAGGAGUCGUUUUGUAGGCCUCAAAUAGAGGGAAGCAUUGCGAGCUUCAAAAAGAUCGCAUGUGCACCAUAUUGGGUCAUUGCUGGUUUCUGCUCCUCUGACAUGCUCACUGACGUGAAAUCUGCAUUUUCAUAUGCUUGCAAUUGUGGGGUGGAGGUGGGCAUUUGGGUUGCUCCCAACAUUAGUACUUGUGCAAGUCUCAAGCUCACUAGUUGCUGGCAGCGUUGUGUUAUUGGUUUCUACAGGCAGAGCGCCUCCAGGGAGCCCAUUCAGUUUCAGUUCAGCGACUCUGCCACGAGGAUGACCUGUUGGAGUCACAAUGCAGUGGCGAGGAAGUACAUUUUUGCUGCAGACAAUGAAAUUUUAUGUCCCUACCAGAAACCCAUCUCUUUGUAUGAGUGGCUCAUCAAGAAGUUCUCUGACCCGAAUGACUCAUACAUAGUGGAUGUUUUUUCUGGAUCGGGGACUAGAGCCGUUGCAGCACUGUUGUGCAAACGAAAUGUGCUGGUUGUUGAGAGCGAUUUGCGUGUCUGAGGGGAAUCAGGACAAGUUUGGCAGACAGAGGCUGUGUGGAGAGCGUCACGAAGGAGAAGGACAACCAGAGCCGCACAGUG